AUGGCGCCCCAAACACCGCGCUCCAAGCAGACGGAGCCCAAUUCCAAUGCCUCCAGAAGCGACAAUAACAUCGCCGUCUCCCUCCUCUCACGCGCACAUUCCCCUACCACAGCCAGCACAAUCUUCACCGAAAAGAUAAAAACAAGACCCCUCUACCUCAAACCCAGCGACCCAGACUCCAACACCGCCAACGCGCAACAAGCCCGCCGCCGCUCCCGCCAACGUGCUAUUGAAUCACGCAAGAAAAAGCUCAAACCGCAACCUCUCUCAUCGAGGCAAAAGCGUGCCCUCUGCCUCUAUGAUAUCCCCAAAUCUGCGCAGAAGUACAGCAUUUAUGAACCUCUACAUAAAAUGUGGAUAGGUUACAUCCAGGAGGUUUUGGGCGAGAAAUGCACACCGGUAACUGCAGCGACGGCGGCGAAGCUAUGUAGUGCUGAUUUCCACGGGGCGGAGGUGGAGGUUGUGAGGAGUCGGUGCGUGGGGAGGGUGGGGACGAAAGGGAUUGUGGUCAAGGAUUCGAAAUUCGUUUUUGAAAUUGUCACCAAGAAGGAUCAGGUUAAGGUGUUGCCAAAGGAACAUACGAUGUUUAGGUUUACAGUACCACCGCCAGGGAGUGCAGCUGAAGAAGAGAAGGUAGUGGAUCUGGUCUUUGAGUUGCAUGGUGAUCAAUUCAUUUAUCGGGCCGCGGAUAGGGCGAAUAGGAAGUUCAAGUCUCAUUUUCAACCAGAUCUUUGA